AUGCAUAUCAUCAAGCCAGUUUGGCUUACACAUGGAGGUGAACGGAAAGAUUUUGAGGUUUACAGCUGUGAUAUCUCUCCAGAUGGAAAGAGACUGGUGACUGCUGCAGGAGAGGCCAUUUUCAACACCGGCAAUCCGGAAUUCGCAAACCAACCGAAACAACUUGCUUCGAUGAGCAACCACUCCGGCACAAUUCAUACAGUUCGAUUUUCGCCAAAUGGGCGAUACCUUGCUUCGGGGGCGGAUGAUAAGAUCGUAUGCGUUUACACGCUUGAUGCCAAUCCACCGACGCACGGAUCAACAUUCGGCACGGACGAGACACCACCCGUUGAGAACUGGCGCACCAUUCGACGAUUGAUCGGACAUGAUAACGACGUACAAGAUCUGGGGUGGUCAUAUGAUUCAUCAAUUCUGGUCUCUGUGGGACUAGACUCGAAGGUGGUAGUAUGGUCUGGACACACAUUCGAGAAAUUGAAGACGAUAGCUGUGCAUCAGAGUCAUGUAAAGGGCAUUACAUUCGACCCGGCAAACAAGUACUUCGCGACGGCUAGUGAUGAUCGUACUGUUCGCAUUUUCCGAUUUACCUCACCUGCUCCAAAUUCGACAUCCCACGAUCAAAUGAACAACUUCAUUUUGGAACAAACUAUUACGGCACCUUUCGCUAAUUCUCCCUUAACGGCUUAUUUCCGUCGUUGCUCAUGGUCACCGGAUGGUAUGCAUAUCGCUGCUGCGAAUGCAGUCAAUGGACCUGUCAGUUCUGUUGCUAUUAUCAAUCGUGGCUCCUGGGAUGGUGAUAUCAACCUUAUUGGGCACGAGGCUCCCGUGGAGGUUUGCUCCUUUUCCCCACGAUUGUACUCUCGGGAGCCGCCUCAAAAGGAUAGCCAAGGACAAGCAGCGCAACAUCAUAUAACCGUCAUUGCGUGCGCGGGUGCAGAUAAAUCCCUGAGUGUCUGGAUUACCAGCAAUGCUCGCCCAAUUGUUGUGGCCCAGGAGAUGGCUGCUAAGUCGAUUUCAGAUCUGGCUUGGAGUCCCGAUGGUAGUUGUCUUUAUGCUACUGCAUUGGACGGUACCAUUCUGGCCGUUCGAUUCGAGGAGGGCGAGUUGGGCUAUGCAACUGAGAUGGAAGAGAAUGAGAAGUCAUUGACCAAGUUUGGCACAAAUCGCAAGGGUGCCGGUAUUACGGAAACUACGGAUGGUUUGCUGCUCGAGGAGAAGAGCAAGGCUGGUGAAAUUAAGGGCGUUGAAGGCCGUAUGGGUGCGCUUAUGGGCGAUGCUGCCGAGGCUGCUGUCAAUGGAGCGAAUACGCCGCAACCACCUAAUGGUACUACUCCUGCUCAACCGUCGACUCCAAAUGCUGAACCGGCGAAAACGCAAACAAACGGGACAACAUCGACUCCUGGUGCCAAUGAGCCUGAGAAGUCUGAUAAGCCAGACCCUUAUCAAGCCAAAUUGGAAAGACUCAAAUCACGCCCGACAUAUACCAAAGAUGGUAAAAAGCGUAUUGCACCUUUACUCGUUUCGGGAGCUGGUGGUGAGUCUUCACUCCCCCAGGCUCGUCUGAUGGCUUCAGUGAGCAGUCAGGUCAAGACAGAUGCACCUACAUCUAUCGUCGAUCUUUCAAAACCAUUUGAUGGGCUACCUAAAGGCGGCUUGACCGCUUUACUUCUUGGUAACAAGAGGAAACUCGCUCAGCUGGAGGGCGAUGAGGAAGGACAAGCCGAAAAAAGAGUUGCCGUGGCGAGUCAGAAUGGGGCCACGCCCAUAAUGGCCAACACUCCUGAUGGACUCCUCCCAGCUCAAACACAACCAGCUGCCACAGGCCAACAACCCACUCCCGAAUUUAUUCGACCUGCUGUUACAAAUCCCUGCAUGUCUGUUAGCCAAUUACGGCUUGCAGUUCCCAAGAUCCGGAGUCACAUCUUGCGUGCUCUAGACUCGACCGGGAAGCCUACAGAGCCACCCGCUACCGGUGGCGCUCCCAGCGGAGGCGAUUCAAGCAACAACAAGUCUCGCGCCGAUGUUGUUUUUGAAGCUAGAAACCCUUCACCGGCCAGCUUGACCGGACGUGCCGUGGAUCGAGAACCAGUACGACUUACGCUAUUCCGUGGCGAGCAACCAUUAUGGCAAGAUUUCCUCCCUAAGUCUGUCCUCUUGGUCACUGGUAACCAGAGCAUGUGGGCCGCUGCCUGUGAGGAUGGCUCAGUCUAUAUCUGGACACCUGCCGGUCGUCGCCUGGUAAGUGCUUUGGUCUUGGAAGCGCAACCUGUGAUUCUUGAGUGCAACGGACCAUGGAUUCUUUGCAUUUCAUCAGUAGGCAUGUGCUAUGUCUGGAAUGUGAAACAUCUAUCUUCUCCCCACCCUCCUGUCUCUCUCCAGCCCGUCCUUGACGCCGCUAUAUACGUCAUGGGCGCGAACCCCACAGUCGCCCCGGCAGUAACCGACGCGAGGGUCAAUUCAGAAGGUCGAAUUGUCAUUUCCCUGACUAACGGCGAAGGAUACUCCUACUCUCCAACCAUGUAUGCAUGGCAAAGAGUCUCAGAGGCCUGGUGGGCCGUUGGCAGUCAGUACUGGAACUCUACCGAGGCACCUGUAGGCAACUUGCAAGCCAGAGAUGCACAACAAGAGAACAAGGAUGCCAAGGCUGCGGUUUCCGCUGGCAUUAUUCCCUUCCUUGAACGCAACACUACAAACGAAACACUCUUACGUGGCCGCGCUUACUUCCUGCAAAGACUCAUUAAGGUCCUUCUAUCCCGGGAGGGAUACGAAACCUUUGAAUCUAGCGUUUCCAUUGCCCAUCUUGAAAACCGUAUGGCUGCAGCUCUCUCAUUGGGCGCGAAGGAAGAGUUCCGUUUAUACCUGAAUAUGUAUGCCAAGCGUAUCGGUGCAGAAGGUUUGAAGAUGAAGGUUGAAGAGUUGCUUAAGGGAUUAAUCGGUGGCUUGUUCGAAGAUGACGAGAGCUCUGAUGCCAUUUCUAAAUUGCAGGCCAACGAGCGAGAAGGUCGCAAUUGGCGAGAGGGCUCAGAAUAUCUAUGUGGCUGGCCACGGGAAACGUUAUUGAAGGAGGUGAUUCUAGCUCUUGGAAAAUACCGCGAACUUCAACGUGUGACUGUCCCAUAUGCUAAGUUGCUGGAUAUGGUAGACAGUAUUACAGAUGGCGAUGCGAUGGAUCUAUAA